UCGGCCAGUGGACCAACAGCAGCCCUUCUGGGUCUCAAUCAGUAUUUAGGCAGGGUAGCAACUCAUGCAACAAUAACUUUUGUGGCACUGCUGCAACCCUUUUGCUACAUCAACAGGGGGAAGCAUGUUUUCUGGGAAUUCAAACGGUGCAUUUGGAGCAUCAUCCUUUGCUUUUGGAAGUUCAGCAUCAUCCACAACUGCUCCUUUCUCAACCACCUUUGAAACUUCAGCCUUGCCUUCUACGGUUUUUAGCCAGGCGCCUAGCAGUGCACCUGUAGUAUCUCAAUCAGCAUUUGGGGAAGUCAGCAAGUUUGACGUUAACAAUUCUUUUUCCUCCAAACCAGUCACAGCAACUCCUUUUGGUAGCAUCAGUGGAGGAGCAAUAUUUGGUGGAAAUUCAACAUCCAAAUCACCAUUUGGAGUAACUUCAUCGCCUUCAACAUCCAAAUCACCAUUUGGUGAACCAUUACCAUUUUCUUUUGGAAUCUCGUCAACUACAACAGGAGCACCUAUCUUCAACAACAUUGGAAGUUUGAUUCAACCUUCUCAAUCUAAAUCAACUAACCAUGCCUUUUAUUCAUCAAGUCAAUCUGUUUUUGGGAGCAGCGGUGUGCUGGCAUCUGGCAUAAGUACUUCGGUUUAUUCUGGCUUUCAACAUGGUGGCUCUUGCUCAAGGCCACCAUUUAGCUCUACUGGCCUUGCUUUUAGUUCAAAUGGUGCACCUAACAACUUUAACUCUGUAUCUCGGGGUGCAAUUGGAUCUUCCACCACUCCCAUAACUGGAGCCCCUAGCAACUUUAACACUGUAGCUUCAAACAACCCUGAACUGCAGAAUUCAAGGUUCACAUUUUGCCAGCCAAAUUCGCAAUUUAGUGAGCCAAAUUUACAAUUUGGUAGUAACAAUGGACCUACUGCUUGGGAAACAAAAAAGUUCUAUUCAGGAUAUCAACCGGCAAGUACAAGCAUGAAAUCUGGACAAUCAGUUAUGGAUUGCCAACGUUAUGGUAGUAAAAUAGCAUCUUCUGUUGCAACUAAGGAAGUGGAUAUAGGUAGUACUGAACCUGCUGGAAAAUUGUUCUCCAUCUCUGCCAUGCCCUUUUACAAAGACAAGAGCCAUGAAGAGCUGAGGUUCGAGGACUCUAAUCAAUUGUUAAGGAGUAAAGAUGCAGCUUCUGGAUUCAUCUUUCAGUCUAAUCAACCCUCAGCUGGCAAGACAAACGCUUUUUUAGGGCCUACUGCUGUCACUCCACAUAGUCAACUAAAAACAUCAAGUGCAAUAUCAAUUGUAUCAGGACCUUGGACAGGCAAUUCAACUGGUUUUUCUUAUAUUGGUGACCAAUGUCGUGGAAGUAAAAUAGCAUCUUAUGUUGCAACUAGGGAAGUGGAUAUAGAUAGUACAGAACCUGCUGGAAAAUUGUUCUCCAUCUCUGCCAUGCCCAUUUACAAAGUCAAGAGCCAUGAAGAGCUGAGGUUCGAGGACUCUCAUCAAUUCAUAGGGAGUAAAGAUGCAGCUUCUGGAUUCAUCUUUAAGUCUAAUCAACCCUCAGCUGGCAAGACAAAUGCUUUUUCUGGACCUACUGUUGUCAGUCUCGAUAGUCAAUCAGAAUCAUUAAGUGCAAUAUCAACUGGGACAGGAUUUUUGACAAGCAAUUCAAGUGAUUUCAUUUGGCCAAAUCAUGAACCAAUUACAACUCCACAGAUAACUCAAAUUGUUGUAGCAACAGAUGGCGCUUCCACUAGCAUCUCACAACAGUCAAUUUCCACUAUGGAUGCAGGAACUUGUCGUCAGAGUGGUGGCAUGCAGCAGUCUGAGUCUCAGAGCACCAUCGCUCUAGACCCAUCUGUUGUUGCAAGUCCUUUUGGAAUGGAGUCUAGAAUACAGAUAUCAAUGGGUGGUAGAGCAGCAACCACAACUGUUCAAUAUGGAAUUUCUUGCAUACCGGUAUCUGACAAACCUGCUCCAGUGAAAAGAAAUUCAUUGUUGACUGCUAGAUGUUUGUCUCUAAGCCAAAACUGGCCAUUAGUUGAGAAGUACCGGCCUAAAAAUGACAGCCAGAAGGUUCCAUUUUAUGAAGAAAAAGUACCUGGAUAUACAAAGUUGGCGCUUCCUUUAUUCCAAGGGAAAAUGCAAGAUCUUGGGUUCUAAACUCCAUGGUGGAGCGGCCUCUAAAAACAAAUUCACGGAAUUCCUCUUUACUGGAGGAGUCCGUAUCUGCAUCUGAGAGUGGAAAUUUUGAGGCUGAUGUUGAAGCAAUACUGCCAAAACUCCAAUGCCCAGAUUAUUAUAUAAAGCCUCCGGUCGAGGAGCUAGCUGCAAAAGAAAGGGCUGAACCAGGAUUCUGUCGCCGCGUGAAGGAAUUUGUGGUUGGAAGAGAGGGUUAUGGAAGCAUCAGGUUUUUAGGGGAAACAGAUGUGAGAAAUCUUGACGUUGAAUCUGUUAUCCAGCUUAACCAUCGAGAGGUGAUUGU